UUGGUUUUCUUACUGAGUAUAGCUUCUCUCAUCAUCUACAUGAUCGAUGCUUCCAGAGACCAAGUAGAGAUGUGUCAAGUGUGGUCUGCAAACACGACGCAGCAAAUAGAUUUAGCACUAAAUAUAUUUUUUAUGGUGUACUUUUUUAUACGUUUUAUUGCAGCUAGCGAUAAAUUAUGGUUUAUGCUUGAUUUGCAUUCGUUUGUCGACUAUUUUACUAUCCCACCUUCUUUUGUAUCUAUCUACAUGGAUAGGACCUGGAUAGGUCUACGUUUCCUGAGGGCACUGCGGUUAAUGUCAGUGCCAGAUAUUCUACAGUACUUAAACGUACUUAAAACCAGCAGUUCUAUUCGUCUUGCCCAAUUAGUUUCUAUUGUCAUUAGUGUGUGGUUGACGGCAGCCGGAAUCAUUCAUCUGUUAGAAAAUUCUGGUGAUCCAGAAGAUUUCGGCGAAGACGAACCACCCAGUUAUUGGACGUGCGUUUAUUUUUUGAUUGUAACAAUGUCUACCGUCGGUUAUGGUGACAUAUAUUGUCACACUACGCUAGGAAGAGCGUUUAUAGUUUUAUUCAUAUUAGUCGGUUUGGCUGUCUUUGCAAGUUGCAUACCCGAGAUCAUAGAAUUAGUUGGGACUAGAGCUAAAUACGCUGGUGAAUACAAGAGAGAACACGGAAAAAGACAUAUCGUGGUUUGUGGCCAUAUCACUUACGACUCCGUUUCGCAUUUUUUAAAAGAGUUUCUACACGAGGAUAGAGAAGAUGUAGAUGUAGAAGUUGUUUUCCUGCACAGAAAACCUCCGGAUUUAGAGUUAGAAGGUUUGAUAAAAAGGCAUUUUACAACAGUAGAAUUUUUUCAAGGGACAGUAAUGAGCCCGAUAGAUCUGCAAAGAGUAAAAGUGAAUGAAGCGGAUGCUUGUUUAGUAUUAUCUAACAAGUAUUGUCAAGAUCCGGAUGCCGAGGAUGCUGCAAACAUCAUGAGAGUGAUUUCUAUUAAGAAUUUCUCCGAUCACAUCAGGGUUAUUAUACAAUUGAUGCAGUAUCAUAAUAAAGCAUAUUUAUUGAAUAUCCCGAGUUGGAACUGGAAGAGGGGUGACGACGUCAUAUGUUUAGCCGAAUUAAAACUUGGUUUUAUUGCCCAAAGUUGUUUAGCACCCGGAUUUUCUACCAUGGUGGCAAAUCUGUUUGCCAUGAGGUCGUAUAAAACGUCGCCUGAUACCCCUGCCUGGCAGAACGACUAUUUAUGUGGUACAGGCAUGGAGAUGUACACAGAAAAUUUAUCAACAUCUUUCAUCGGGAUGACAUAUCCACAAACAGCAGAGUUGUGUUUCGUUAAACUCAAGCUUCUGUUGCUGGCAAUAGCAGUGACAAAUGAGGAUGGCACUGACAGCAAAAUCGUUAUCAACCCUCAAAGAAAGGUGAAGAUAUUUGCCAACACCCAAGGGUUUUUCGUGGCACAGUCUGCUGACGAGGUGAAACGCGCUUGGUAUUAUUGCAAACAUUGUCACGAAGAUGUCAGAGAUGCAAAACUGAUAAAGAAGUGCAAGUGCAAGAAUUAUGAGGCAAGUCAAAACCCUGCGGAUAUUCUUAACAGUCUGCACUCUCAAGCAAGUAUGGUUCGAAAUAAUGGGCAUUGGAACCGUCAAAAUCGAAGUCACAGUCAAGAGAAUUCCACAACUUCUCUCAAUUCACCAAGAAAUGGAAGAAAAUCACAUUCCAGUAAGUCCAGUAGAGGAUAUAAUCAAGCUGUGGCAGAAAGACCUUACAGUGCUGGCAUACUUUCCCACAACAAAGAAUUUGACUUCGAGAAACUCGAAAUGAAGUAUGAUUCUACUGGAAUGUUUCAUUGGUGUCCACCUAGAACGAUUGAAGACUGCAUAUUGGAUAGAAAUCAGGCAGCUAUGACUGUUCUUAACGGUCACGUGGUUGUAUGUCUGUUCGCUGAUGCCGAUUCUCCUUUGAUGGGUCUUAGAAAUCUCAUCAUGCCUCUUCGAGCCAGUAACUUUCACUAUCACGAACUCAAGCAUGUUGUAGUAGUUGGAAAUGCAGACUACUUAAGGAGAGAGUGGAAAAUGCUUCAGAAUUUACCAAAAAUAUCAAUUUUAAAUGGUUCUCCAUUAAGCAGAGCAGAUCUUCGUGCAGUUAACAUUAACUUAUGUGACAUGUGUGUUAUUCUUUCUGCAAAAAUACCAAGCAGCGAUGAUCCUACGUUAGCAGAUAAAGAAGCGAUUUUAGCAUCGUUAAACAUCAAAGCUAUGACUUUCGAUGAUUCUAUAGGACUAAUAAAUCAAAAUGCAGCUGAACCAGAUCCAUUUACUUCAUCAGGCAAUGCACUGGUGCUACAACGUAGGGGCUCAGUUUUUGGUUCUACAGUGCCGUUAAUAACCGAAUUAGUAAAUGAUACAAAUGUACAGUUCUUGGACCAAGACGACGACGAUGAUCCAGAUACGGAGUUAUAUCUAACUCAACCGUUUGCAUGUGGUACUGCUUUUACUGUUAGCGUGCUAGAUUCUUUAAUGAGCACGACUUAUUUUAAUGCCAACGCUUUGAACUUGAUACGUUCUUUGAUAACCGGAGGAGCUACUCCAGAAUUAGAACUGAUUUUAGCUGAAGGAGCAGGCUUGAGGGGAGGAUACAGUACUCCUGAAUCUCUUUCGAACAGGGAUCGUUGCAGAUUGGGCCAAAUUAAAUUGUCUGAUGGACCACUUGCUCAACACGGAGAAGGCGGAAAGUAUGGAGAUUUGUUUGUUGCGGCUCUUAGAAAUUAUGGCAUGCUGUGCAUAGGUCUUUAUAGAUAUAAAGACCCCAGUAUGUCGGGUGAAGCAUCUUCGAAGCGUUUUGUAAUAACAAAUCCUCCUGCAGAUUAUUCCCUUCUUCCUUCAGAUAGGGUGUUUGUAUUGAUGCAAUUCGACCCUGGGGUGGAAUAUCAGCCUAACAGAGGAGAAGACUUCAGAGAUGAUCAUUCAUGACACAUUUUAUGUGAAGAAACGGUACUGAAAUCGGAAAGAUCUCGCUUACGACAGGUCCAACAUAAAUGAGUAAGCCACGCUCAACCUGCCCAUGUGUCACACAACUGAACAAAACUCUCCGUCUGCAAACUAUGCACCAUCAUGUUGGACACAUCCAACUGUGCCUAUUUCGGACGAGUACCCUUUGGGUCACGCGAUUCUUUGUACCUGGUCACAUAACUAUACCUAUUCAAGUGCUUCAUUGAGACCGUGUCUCACGCUUCACACCCGGAACUAAGAGUAUGUACAUUGUUCAUCACGGACGUGUGCCUCUUACGGGUCGGAUUAUACAACUUAAUUACCUGUUAUAUAUAUAUAUAUAUAUAUAUACAUAUAAAUAUGUAUAUAUUAAAACAACGAUCUCAUCCAUUCUUUCCUUAUUACACCCAUUCCAAGGGGCAAAAAACAAAAAAAAAUUCGCAAAAAAAAAACAGUAUUGGUAUAUUAGAAUAAUAUAAAGUAUGCAGUUUGUAGAGGCACAUAAUCACACAGAAUACUUUUUAUUACAGUUUAGAUUUUGAAAAAUUACUGUUUGAAACACUUUAGACCUCAAAAAAAGAAGAUAAUAUUUUUGACUUCUAUAAAUAAUUUUGGCAAAGUGAAGUGCCUAAAUGUAGUUGUAGUUUUCAAAAUGGUUUAGUUGCAUUUUCACGUGCAUCUAAUUUCGAAUUUGUCACAUCGUAACACAUCAAACGGUAGAAAUAUUAAAAAGAAAAAAAGAAAAAAAUGUGGAUGUAAAUAUUACAUUUUUGAGUGCUGUUCGAAGUGAAGAAGUAUUUUUGUUUCGUUUUUUAUAUAUUUUUAUGUAUAUAUUUGCAGUUUUUGCAUGUUUUAUUGAUUGUUUUUGAUGUUUCUUUUCCCCUCCCCCUCUUCUGUUUUCAAGAAUUAUCACAUCUAGUGAUCAAAUCGGAGAUUUUUUUUACUUAAUAUAUAUAUAUGUAUACAUUUACCCAUAUUUAAAUUCCUUAAACUAAGAGGAAAAAAAUGGUAAUAACUCUCAUAUUUUGCGGUUUGUUUUUUUUUAUCAUUAUAAAAAAUUGAUCUUGGAAAAUCAAUUAUGAGAACAUUUUAAAAGUAAAAAAAAUCAUAUUGUUUACAGUAAUUUGUAAAUAGAUAAGUAAAAAAAGAGAGAUUUUAUUGCUACACUAACAGCACAAUUUUUUUAAAAUGUAUGUUUAAAAUAAUUGAGGGCACCCGGGGAAAAUUUAGUAGAUUGUUCUCAGAUUUUUACAGAAGAGAAGUAUUUAAAAAAAAAAAAAAAAA